UGGGCCAUACGGAAAAACAAAGGAUAUCUCUGGACCAGAACAAACCAUGGCCUCAAGAAGACACAGUAUACCAGAAGCUCUGCGGGGGGUAACCAUGGUGGAGCUGGUGAAGAAAGAAGGCAGCACACUUGGCCUCACCAUCUCAGGAGGAACCGACAAGGAUGGGAAACCACGGGUAUCGAACCUACGGCCCGGAGGACUGGCGGCCAGGAGUGACCAGCUAAAUGUCGGUGACUACAUCAAGUCAGUGAAUGGCAUCAAUCUGACCAAGCUGCGGCACGAGGAGAUCAUCAGCUUAUUGAAGAACGUAGGCGAGAGAGUUCUGCUGGAGGUGGAGUAUGAACUGCCCCCCACAGCACCAGACAGCACCUCAGGGGUCAUAUCGAAGACAAUCGACAUCUGUUUGCACAAAGAGGGGAACAGCUUUGGUUUCGUCAUGAGAGGUGGUACACAGGAGGACUGGCACAGAUCACGCCCCCUGGUGGUCACCUACGUCAGGCCAGGAGGCCCUGCAGACAGAGAGGGCACGCUGCGUCCCGGUGAUCGUCUGCUCAGUGUGGACGGCGUGCCACUGCACAACGCCAACCACAGCGACGCCCUCAUCGUGUUGGCUCAGUGCGGUCAGGAAGCCCUGUUCCAGAUAGAGUACGACGUCACUAUCAUGGACACAGUAACAAACGCUUCCGGUCCACUAUUAGUGGAAAUCGCGAAGUCGCCGGGAGCAACACUGGGUAUCACGCUGACGUCGGCCAAUCAUCGAAACAAGCAGGUCAUUGUCAUCGACCGGGUCAAAGCUGGCAGCGUGGUGGACAGAUGUGGAGCGUUGCACGGAGGGGAUCACCUGCUGUCCAUUGACGGGACGUCGACAGAACACUGUACAGUCCUGGAGGCAACACAGCUACUAGCGAGCACAACAGAACUGGUCAAACUGGAAAUACUCCCCUCCCAUCAAACGAGGCUAACUGGGAAACAGCACGACACAGUGAAGGUUCAGAAGUCGGACCACCCCCACUCCUGGGACCCCUGUGUAAACUACUGUCACCCUCCAAACUCCACCCUCUGCAACACAAGCUCCACCCUCAACAAGUCGUGGACCGCCUCAAAUAACAACACCAUCAACAGCCUCGACUACUGCAAGUCUCUGGUAUCUGCCAGUUUCUCUCCCGGCUCUACGACCACGUCGGGCCCCAGCAGCCAGAGUUCCAGCACCUUGCCCAGGCCUACAGUUCCCAUGAGUCCACGUAACUCACUGCUCAAACGGCGGCAGAGAAAGAAAGAGCACAAAAGCUCCCUGUCCCUGGCGUCCAGUUCGGUGGGUCCGGGUGGUCAGGUCGUUCACGUAGAGACCAGCGAGGUCGUCCUAACAGGCGACCCCCUCAACGGCUUUGGUGUCCAGCUCCAGGGAGGAAUAUUUGCCACCGAAACACUGUCUGCACCUCCGCUCAUACGAUUCAUAGAGCCGGACAGCUCUGCAGAGAGGUGUGGCCUGCUCCAGGUCGGAGACCGCCUCCUGUCCAUCAACGGAAUCCCCACGGAGGACGGAACGCUGGAGGAGGCCAAUCAGCUCCUCCGAGAUGCGGCUCUGACCAAUAAGGUCACGCUGGAGAUAGAGUUCGAUGUAGCAGAGUCGGUGGUGCCCAGUAGCGGCACCUUCCACGUCAAACUGCCGAAGAAGAGAGGAGUGGAGCUGGGGCUCACCAUCAGUGUUCCCGCCAGUAAGAAAUCAGGCGAGCCCCUCAUCAUUUCUGAUAUCAAGAAGGGCAGCAUGGCCCACAGAACAGGAACAUUGGAGCCCGGUGACAAGCUGUUGGCCAUCGACAACAUCAGACUGGAGAACUGCAGCAGAGACGACGCGGAGCAGAUCCUCCAGCAGUGCGAGGAACUGGUCAAGCUAAAGAUCCGCAAAGAUGAGGACAACUCAGAUGAGCAGGAGACGUCAGGCAGCAUCAUCUACACAGUGGAGCUGAAGCGGUAUGGAGGCCCUCUGGGUAUCACCAUAUCAGGCACCGAGGAGCCUUUUGACCCCAUCACUAUAUCUGGCCUAACCAAGAGAGGCCUGGCCGAGAGGACAGGGGCUAUUCAUGUAGGUGAUCGGAUCCUGGCUAUCAACAGCGUCAGCCUCAAAGGCAAGCCGCUGAGUGAAGCCAUCCACCUGCUGCAGAUGGCUGGAGAGACGGUCACCCUCAAGAUAAAAAAACAGCUCGACAAGGAGAGGAAAGCAGCAGAGGUAGAAGACACGACGGAGAAUGAGCUCAGUGACCCCGAGGACGACGAUUUGACGGACAGCCAACAGACCAAUAAGCUUUCCGAGCUUACUUACGUGGACUCUGCCAUGGAGUCAUGGGAUGGCUCGGGGCUGGAUGCUGGAUAUGGCAGCCAGGGUACAUUCAGCAAUCAAGCGGCUGGUAUCGCCCUCCACCCUCAUGAGUGGCGUAGUGCCAAGCAGCAGCGCAGCACCACACCUCCUCCUGGGCACCGGAAGAACUACCCCUUCAGCGACGGAGGGUUCAGUGAGGAUGACUGGGACAAACCACCAGGAUUCAUUGGCCAACAACCAGACGGUAUUCUGUUGGAUCCGGAUGACAGUUUCUGGUGUCAGGCGCUUGAGGAUCUGGAGACCUGCGGCCAAUCAGAGCUACUCAGAGAGAUAGAGGCAUCCAUCAUGACAGGCACAGCCAUCAGUCUGGGGGUUGACGCUCCUACUCCAGACACCCACCUGCACCAGGAGGCCCAUUUCAACCAGGAGGCCAACCUCCACCAAGAUAACCAAUCCCCUCUCCUGCACCACGAGCCCAAACCCAAGGCCUCCUUGAGAGUGUCAGAGAGGACGUGGGAGUCUCGUCGAAUCAAAGAGGAGAUGCAGGGGAUUCUUUCCCCGACGCCUCUGGAACUGCACAAAGUAACAGUGAUAAAGGACCCAGAGAGCGACGACUUUGGUUUCAGCGUGUCAGACGGUUUCUUGGAGAAGGGAGUUUACGUCAACAUGAUCAGACCUGACGGGCCAGCUGACCGAGCCGGGCUCAAACCCUAUGACAGGAUCCUGCAGGUGAACCACGUGAGGACGAGGGACUUCGACUGCUGCCUGGCAGUGCCCCUCAUCACAGAGGCUGGAGACAGACUGGAGCUGGUCAUCAGCCGCAACCCACUGGCCAAUGACGACCCAGAGGACAAUAACAACACUUUGGACCACCCACUAGACCUGUAACAGACACACACAUACACACACACACACACACAAAGACACAUGAAUCUCUAGACAUACACACACAUGCGAUCACUCUGUCACACUCAGGCAGGAGACAUACUAUAACUGGUGUUGAAAUAUAAACUUAUAUCUACUGGAACUGACUGAAAGGCACAGACACACACACACACACACAAACACAAAUAAACAAACAAACAAACACACAAACAGACACACAACACACCACCGGCUUGCAAUAAUUCUACUCCAACACAAAGACUCCUGCAGGAACACACACACACACACACACACACACACAAACAUUUGCAUGCUCACACAGUCGCCGCCUCCCAUUCACACUGGCUUGAACUGCUGUCACACAGCAUAUUUCUCUACGGAAGCACUGCCAGAGUGCAGAAAAACCACCAGAGGCUCUCCUGACGACUGGCUUGGAGUCCUCCGUGUUGGUCCAACAUAAACAACCACUAACUUGGCACUUUAACCAGCCAUUCUAACUGAUUCUGACUCUUCAAAUCUUGUUUUUACUUAAAACAAAUGAAAAAAAAAAAACCUGAAAUUUGAGUGAGGUCAUUCCAGCUGUUAUUAAUGCCAGGCUACAGGUUUAUAGAAAUUUCCAGUGGGAUCUGCCUUAUUACACAACAUUGGUUGCGAUUUUAGGAAAUUUCAAGUGAAACUGAAUUGAUAAAGAGAAAAUUGCCUUGCUCAGUUUUCAGAUUUUAUUUGUUUUAAGGUUAAUGAGACUCGACAGAAGAUCUAACCAACUGUUUAUAAAGGAAUUGUUUUUUAUAUUGUGUCUGACUGUGGUCUAUACAGAUGUAGCCAUUGUAGAAGUCCAUAUUGCUGCUAAGAGUCUGCUCAAAUACUGCUGCUC